AUGGCAUCUACGGUCGACCCAAUUGCGGCGCUGAGACAGGCUCUAACGCUGCCCAGUGACUCACCAGAGCAGGCUCUAGUUCUCCGGAAUCUAAGAGACCAUCUAGAGACGGUCUCUCCAAAUGUUGCAAUCCUCCUCCUGAAAAAUCUCGUCCCAAACGUCCAGCAUCAGCCUGAUUCUCUGUUCAAGCAAUGGGUUUUUGAGCUCGUCUGGUAUGUCGUCUCACGCCUGCCGACAGACCCACACGACCAGGAGCGCAUUCGAUUCGUUUUGGACGUCGUCGACGCCUUAAGGGACCUCCUCGCAGACCACAACCCGUUCUAUAUGAAGUUAGCCAUCGAAACUCUUGGAUCUAUCUACCCUCAGGUCUUCAGACUCUGCUGUUUAGACCCUAAUAUGCACCAGCAUUGGAUCAAAAUGGUUGAUGCGAGAACACGAAUAUUGGAUUAUAAUCUACAUCCGACGAGUCCUCUCGGUGUCCGCAUCGCCGUGGCCAAAUUCCUUCAGCGAGUGUUGCUAGUGCAUUCCAAAGGACCCAGUGACCCUCGACUCCAUAAUGCCAGCGACCCUCACCUCCUCUUCAUCCCAGGCAAUCAUCCGUUCUUUAAUAUUGCGGCGAUGGAAAAGGAAGGCAUUACCUUUACCGAGCAACUCUUGCUGUCCUUCCGAAAUGCAAGACAAAUCGACUUGGUUACAGCCAUUGUCCAAUCGUUUGGAGCUCUUGCAAAGCUUCGACCAGAUCUCGUUCCAUUUGUAUAUGGCGUCUACUUGAGCUGGGAUCCAGCCCAACUCGGUACCGAGACCGCAAUGGCUAUACGGUCAAUCUACAAGAUUAUGCGGAUCACCCUUAUUCAUUUCAACAAAACACAUCCUCACGGAAGACAUAGAGGUGAAGUAGACGACGCAAUCCGGAAACUCGACUUCAAAUCGCAAGAGACCAUGGUACGGAUGGAGGAAUCGCGGCGAAAGCGUGCGCUCUCGGUAUCAGCGGAUGAACAAGUCCCCACCGGUGAUCUCAAGAGACUCAAAGUCUCGCACGACAAUGCAACUCCUGCUCUGAGACCAUUCAGGGCCGUCGAUCCGGCCAUCCUCCGCAAUUUCGACUUUUCUACCGUCCCAAGUCGCAUCCUUGCGCAAAUCGUCAUCGAAAGUCUCAAGUUGAUUGAAGACGAGCAAUUUGACGCCGCAGUCCAAGUAAAAAUGGCGUACUUCGACGGCAAAGGCCUCGGCGUGCAAGAAGCCGCAAAGGCGGAAAGCCCACCGCUGGCAGAGGAAAUUGAGAUCAAGGCUGAACCGAUUGAUCCUCUCAUCAUGGACCUAGAAGAUGAAGAAGCUCCAAUGGAGGCGUCGACACAGGAAGCAAACCAGCUGGAAUCCGUCACACCAGAAACCCAUGUUAGCACCUUCAAACUUCCGCGCCCUCGCAAGAUGUCCGAGAAGCAAAAAGUUGCACUAGUCAAUUCUUGUCUCCAGCGGGUACAACAACGCGGCGAAAUGCUCAGUCCCCCUUCCUCGAAUGUAGUGCCACUUCAAGAACGUGGAAAGCCGACACCAGAAAUGUGGUCUCUCCUCCUGAUUCGGAUGAUUACUCGUGGUGCCUACUCUCAACCGGAAGAGGAUGAGGAGGAAGAACAAGACGAGAGCGAGAAGAUGGGCGACGGCAAAGCGGUUGAAAAGUCGACAAAAGGCUCUGCUCUCGAAGCAGAGUACCGGAUGCGGAGGAUGCUAUUCAACUACAUCCUAAAAGCCAGCGCGUCUGCACGACAGAACUUUGAUUAUUGGGCGCGAGAGAUAAUCGAGGCCACGGCUCGGAAAAGUGACAAAGACUCGUUUUCCCAAUUUGUGCUUGAUCUACCAGAGAUACCGUCGAAUCUCUUUGAUCUCCUUGGCGAAAUAGCGGCUGACAAAGAUCGUAUGCCUACGGCCAUGGCAAUCCUUCGACCGGUGAUCGAACUCCGGAUACCUCUACGCGACCAAGCCAUGUCGGUUCUCCUUCACCUCAUGACCCAUCCGUCGGAGCCCACGCGAAAAGGUGCAAUCCAUACCAUUCGCAGAUGGUGGCCAGAUGUUGAGCCUAUGGCGAGUCGGAUUCGCGCUUAUGCAACCACAUCCUUGAAGAGGCUAGCAAAGGCGGGCGAAGAGUCCACCAGCGAUCCGGCAAUGGAGGAACUUGGACCGUACUUACCUCCAACACCUACAUUACCUGCCGACAAGAAUGAAAUAACACAAUACGUGGAAAGUUCGUUGGCGCUGUCGGUCAAAGAUCCGUCCUUUCUCGAGCCUCUCUUUGAGACGUAUUCAAAGAUGGAUUCUACUGUACAGGAUGCGCUGCACGAGCUUCUCACACGACCCAUCCAAGCCAUGGGACCGAACGCCAAGUUGCUUGGCUACCUCAAAUCUUACCCAGAAGGCGCCGAGAGGCUUGUACUGCGCAUUCUCAACAUUUUUAUUGAGUCAGGGCGACCUACGCCCAGCGUGUUUACGCUCGUCAAAACCCUGAUCGCCGACCGCGUGAGAUGGACAAGGCAACCCGAAAUUGUCAAGCAUUUGCCCAAACUUGUCGAUACACUGAAUGGCACGGCCGAGAACCGUGCACUUGUGCGCCAGAUGUUCACGUCCAUUGUCGAAAUCCCGCAACUCACGAAUACGAAUCAAGUCCGCGAGGCGCAGAGCAGGCUUUUGACACCGAAAGAGCUCAUGAUCCAGCUGCAUGACAUGGAGACGGAGGUGGGAUUGCCAAAAGCGAAAGAAGGCACGCUCGCUCUCUUCCACCCGAUAUUCAAAUCAGAGGUUCUAGCGUCCGUGAUGCAACAUUACCUGGAUGCAAAGGCACUUCCCAUGCUCUUUCUAUGGACGGUUUUGCAAGCCGUCGCGACGUACAAGCACCUCGCGGCGUGGGUAUCAACGACGCUCCUGUCGCGGUUGAUCACCAAGAAAGUAUGGACGGAUCGACAACUGUGGAACGGCUUUAUUUUGUGUGCGGAGCGGACAGAGCCAAAUUCGUUUGACGCGCUGCUACAGCUCCCAAAGGAGCAGUUGCGAGACCUUGUUGAGAAGCGACCAGCAAUGAAACCAAAGCUCAGGGACUGGCUCACCAAAAAGGCCGGAAAGAACAAGGCUCGCUUCUCCGGAUUUUUCGAGGUGCUCGGUGAUGACGCGAUGGACCAGACGUGA